AUGAAGAUGGGCGUUGCACAGGCUCAUCUUGAAGGAUACAAAAUGCUUAUUGAUCUAAAGGCUACUCUUCACCAGAGUAAUCUGAACCCUGUGAGGCCUGAUGCGAAUCACAUGAGGACUCUUGAUUCAAGUAUUAAACGUAAUUUAGCAAUUAUCAAGAAGCUUAAAGUGAUAAAUGAUGAAGUGAAGGACGGGUUAAUUGAAGAAUUGAAAACUGUAAACUUGAGCAAAUUUGUCAGUGAAGCAGUUUCUUACAUUUGUGCUGCUAAGCUUCGUUCUACUGACAUACAAGCUGCAGUUCAGAUUUGCUCACUGCUCCAUCAAAGAUACAUAGACUUCUCUCCUUGCCUUAUUGAAGAACUCCUAAAGACCUUCUAUCCUGGGAAGUCUGGAGAACCGGAUUUAGACAAGAAUGCAGGAGCCUUGAAGAAGCGAAGCACACUAAAACUUCUAAUGGAACUGUAUUUUGUUGGAAUUGUUGAAGAUGCUAGUACUUUCACCACCAUUAUAAAAGAUCUUACAUCACUGGAGCAUUUGAAAGACCGGGAAACAACUCAGACAAAUUUGUCUCUCCUUGCUAGUUUUGCUCGCCAAGGAAAGAUUUUUCUUGGACUGCAACAACAUGGGCAAGAUGCUUAUAAUGAGUUCCUCAUGGACCUCAAUAUCACUUAUGAUCAGAAGAGGUUCUUCAAGAAAGCCUUUUACUCUUACUAUGAUGCAGCAAGCGAACUUCUACAGUCAGAACAUGUGUCUCUUUGUGUGAUGGAGUCAGAAAAUGCAAAAAAUUUGAAUGCCAAAGGAGAACUAAGUGAUGAAAAUACUGCCUCAUAUGAGAACCUUCGAAGAUCUUUCGAUCAGUUAUUGCAUUGUGUUUCCUCUUUAGCUGAAGCUCUUGAUAUGCAGCCUCCUGUUAUGCCAGAAGAUGGACAUACAACUAGGGUUACCACAGGCACUAACUUACCUCCUUCUGGGAAAGAAUCCUCUGCAGUACAACUUAUAUGGGAUGACGAAGACAUGAAGGCUUUCUAUGAAUCUUUACCUGACCUCAGAGCAUUUGUGCCUGCUGUACUACUGGGGGAAGUUGAACCGAAGUUGCUAGAGCAACAUGAAAAGGUUCAUGAACAAUCUAACGAGUGUUCCAUGCAACCACAGACUGAAGUACAAGAGAAUGGUGAAACUUCUGUCUCUGAACAUCAAACUGACAGAAUAGCAAAUGAUGAACCCAAGAAUAGAGAGAACACAGAAACAGAAAGAUUGGCUAAAGAAAAAAAUCAAGAAAAGGUUAGCAGAGAAGAUGGUGCUGAAAGAGAGAAAGUGCGAGGCAUAGAUGGUGCAAGCUUGGAUAGCCUGCUGCAGAAGUUGCCAAGAUGUGGCAGCCGUGAUCUAAUUGAUCAAUUGACGGUAGAGUUUUGCUACCUGAAUUCUAAAGCAAACAGGAAGAAACUUGUGCGAGCCUUAUUCAGUGUUCCAAGGACUUCUUUGGAACUACUACCUUACUAUUCUCGAUUAGUUGCCACAUUGUCCCCAUUUAUGAAGGGUCUUCCAAGUUUGCUAUUGUCGAUGCUUGAAGAGGAGUUUAGUUUUUUGAUAAAUAAGAAGGAUCAGAUCAAAAUUGAAACAAAAAUUAGAAACAUUAGGUUUAUUGGAGAGCUGUGCAAAUUCAAAAUUGCACCACCAUGCCUUGUCUUUAGAUGUUUGAAGGCUUGCUUAGAUGAUUUCACUCAUCAUAACAUUGACGUGGCCUGCAAUCUUCUGGAGACCUGUGGAUGUUUUCUUUAUCGUUCACGAGAAACUACAAUUCGCAUGUCAAACAUGUUGGAGGUACUGAACAGAUUGAAAAAUGUCAAGAAUUUGGAUGCACACCAUACCACACUUGUAGAAAAUGCCUAUUACCUAUGUAAACCUCCAGAAAGAUCUUCCAGGUUAUCUAAAGUUCGACCACCUCUACAUCAAUACAUAAGGAGGUUACUUUUCUCAGAUCUCGACAAAACAACUGUUCAACAUAUUCUUCUUCAGUUACUCAAGUUACCUUGGGCAGAGUGUGAACAGUACAUUGUGAAGUGUUUUCUUAAGGUCCACAAGGGAAAGUAUAGCCAGGUUCACCUGAUUGCUCUACUCACUGCUGGUCUUAGUCGCUAUCAUGAUGACUUUGCUGUGGUUGUGGUAGACGAGGUUCUAGAGGAGAUUAGAGUUGGACUUGAGCUAAACGACUAUGCAAUGCAGCAACAGCGCCUUGCCCAUAUGCGAUUCCUUGGAGACCUAUAUAAUUAUGAGUGCAUUGAUUCAUCAGUUAUAUUUGAGACACUAAACCUUAUUAUUGUAUUUGGUCAUGGAACAUCUGAGCAAGAUUUGCUUGAUCCCCUCGAAGAUUUUUUCAGGAUCAGGCUGGUCAUUACACUUUUACAGACUUGUGGUCACUAUUUUACUAGAGGCUCUUCAAAAAGAAAGCUUGACAGUUUUUUGCUAUUGUUCCAAAGAUAUGCUCUCAGCAAAGGGCCAUUACCACUGGAUGUAGAAUUUGAUGUUCAGGAUAUGUUUGCUGAGCUGCGACCCAACAUGACGAGGCAUUCAUCUCUGGAAGGAUUGAAUAAUGCGCUAGUUGAGCUUGAACAAAAUGAGCACGUGGCUGCAGCCAGGAAAGGUGGAGAUGAAAGUCACUGGGACAGCGAAUCACAGUCGAAACAAUCUGAGAAUGUUGCAUUUGAUGCCAAUGACAAGAUGACAGCAAAUAUAUCCAAGAAAAAUGGUAGGGACCAUGAAGAAGCACCAAACGGUGAGAACUCUACAGAUAGCACAAGCAGAUAUCGGAAUGGUCAUGAAGAUGAGGAAGAUUUUCCGCGUAAAGAGAGAUUGGAUGACAGGCUGGAAAAUGAAGAUCGCAUUGAGGACAUUACUGUGCCUGUUGGUUCCGAUGAAGAGGAAACUGUUGAGGUUCAGAAAAAGAAGGUGCAAGUUGACCCUAAGGACCAAGAAGACUUUGACAGGGAGCUGAAAGCCAUUCUUCUGGAAAGCUUGGAGUCACGUAAGUUGGAGCCGGCCAGGCCCACUGUGAACAUGAAGGAACCAAUGAGUACCUUCAAGGGGUCAAAGGACCUGAUGACUACUGAAGCAGCGGGCAAAGAAAACGUGUGUGAUGAGUUAGUCAAAUCCGGAUCCGGUGGUGCUAGCGAGGUGUGCUUCAAGGUGCUUGUGAAGAAAGGGCAUAAGCAGCAGACAAAGCAAAUGCUCAUCCCGGGGGACUGCCCACUGGUGCAGAGCACGAAGCAGCAGAGUGCUGCUGAGCUCGAGGAGAAGCAGAACAUCAAGCGGAAAAUUCUUGAAUACAACGAAAGGGAGGAAGAACUGAACGCAACGUCGCAGGGAAGUGGGAAUGGGGGUCAGGGAGGAAGAACUGACGAGACCCCUGCUGAUCGUGUUACCUGGGUCGGCCCAAGCAGAGGUGGUGUUCGGCAGCACUACUGGGUCGCUGGUGGGUUCUACCGUGGCUAUGGAAGAAGGUGA